AUGACAAAGAAAUUUGAGUUCAAUUGGCAGAUCCCAGUUCCUGAUGUGUUGCUACAGGGUUGUUUGUUCGACCGUUGGUCUGAAGAAAAAGACAACGUUGAAAUCGAAAAUGGCUGUUUAUUUAAGGUUGACGAAUAUGGAUUUUUCAUCUAUUGGAAAAGCGAAAAUCGAGAUGGGGACGUCAUUGAGUUAUGCCAGGUCAGUGACAUACGCUCUGGAGGAUUACCUAAAGAUACCCGACAACAGCAGCAGUUGAUAAAUAAACAUGGCGAUACCUUGGAAGAGAAAUCCUUAACUAUAUGCAGCAACACGGAUUACAUCAACAUAAAUUAUCAGCACGUUAUUUGUCCAGAUGCUGCUACAGCUAAACAAUGGCAAGAAGGUCUUCGUAAGAUUACGCAUAACAACAAAAUGAACAAUGUUUGUGUACGGACCAAUCUUAUGAAACAUUGGAUGCGAUUAGGCAUGUUGGUGGAUCCAAAAGGUAAAGUUCCUGUAAAAGUAAUCGCUAGAACAUUUGCUUCAGGUAAAACUGAAAAAAUGGUUUACCAGUGUCUAGCUGAUCUCAACUUGCCCAGUGGAAAAAAUGAUACUAUUGAGCCGUCAGAUUUCACAUUUGAUAAAUUCUAUGAACUUUAUCACAAAAUAUGCCCUAGAAAUGAUAUUGAAGAACUUUUCCAGUCAAUCACUCAAGGAAAAGCUGAAAAUAUCAGUUUGGAUCAGUUUAUUACCUUCCUAAAUGAGAAACAACGAGAUCCUCGUUUAAACGAAAUAUUAUACCCUUUGUAUGAUGAAAAGAGAGCACUUGAAAUUAUCAACGACUAUGAACCAUCUGAAGAGGUGAAGAAUGAAAAGCAAUUAUCAAAAGAAGGUCUCAUAAGAUAUUUAAUGUCUGAUGAAAAUGCACCAGUAUUUUUGGAUCGAUUAGAAUUCUACAUGGAUAUGGAUCAACCUUUAGCUCAUUAUUAUAUUAAUUCAUCUCAUAACACAUAUUUAUCUGGACGUCAAUUUGGCGGAAAGUCUAGUGUCGAGAUGUAUCGUCAAACACUUUUAGCUGGAUGCAGAUGUGUUGAACUCGAUUGUUGGGAUGGUAAAGGUGAAGAAGAAGAACCUAUUAUUACCCACGGGAAAGCCAUGUGUACAGAUAUUCUAUUUAAGGAUGUAAUUUAUGCUAUUCGAGAUACCGCAUUUGUAACAUCUGACUAUCCAAUUAUUUUAUCGUUUGAGAAUCAUUGUUGCAAGAGUCAACAAUACAAACUUGCCAAAUAUUGUGAUGAAAUUCUUGGAGAUUUAUUAAUGAGAGAAUGCUUACCUGAUUUUCCAUGUGAUCCAGGAGUGGCAUUACCUCCCCCAUCAUUACUUAAAAGAAAAAUUAUGAUUAAAAAUAAACGAUUAAAGACAGAAGUUGAAAAAAGUGAGUUAGAGCUAUUUAGAAAAGGUCAGUUUGUCAUUGAAGAUGAAGAAAAAGAGGAUGCAACUGCAGUAACUUCAAAUCCACCCGAAGAAAAAAAGGUUGAAGUACCCGAUGUAGGAACAGGUACUGAAGGCGCCGAGGCUCCACCGCCAAUACAAUAUACUGGAUCAACUACCAAUGUACAUCCGUGGUUAUCUUCAAUGGUUAAUUAUGCUCAGCCUAUCAAGUUUCAAGGUUUUGAUGUAGCUGAAAAAAAGAAUAUUCAUCAUAACAUGAGUUCCUUUGCUGAAAACACCGGACUUGGAUAUUUGAAAUCUCAAGCAAUUGAAUUUGUAAACUACAAUAAAAGACAGAUGAGCCGUAUAUAUCCAAAAGGAACCCGUGCUGAUUCCUCAAACUAUAUGCCACAAGUUUUUUGGAAUGCUGGUUGUCAAAUGGUAUCAUUAAAUUUUCAAACUGCUGAUUUGCCUAUGCAACUUAAUCAGGGAAAAUUUGAAUACAAUGGUAAUUGUGGAUACUUAUUGAAACCAGAUUUCAUGCGCAGAGCAGACCGAAGCUUUGAUCCAUUUGCAGAAUCCCCCGUAGAUGGGGUGAUUGCUGCCCAGUGUUCAGUUCAAGUGAUUGCUGGCCAAUUUUUGUCCGACAAGAAAGUUGGUACUUACGUUGAAGUUGAUAUGUAUGGCCUUCCUACAGAUACUAUACGUAAAGAAUUCCGUACCCGGAUGGUACCUAGCAAUGGUUUGAAUCCAGUCUACAAUGAAGAACCAUUUUUAUUUAGAAAGGUAGUGUUACCAGAUUUAGCAGUUCUGAGGAUUGGUGUGUAUGAAGAAAAUGGAAAACUACUGGGACAAAGAAUUUUGCCUUUGGAUGGUCUACAAGCUGGCUAUAGGCAUAUAUCAUUAAGAUCAGAAGCCAAUUUCCCAAUGGCUCUUCCUAUGUUAUUCUGUAACAUUGAAUUGAAAAUUUAUGUUCCUGAUGGUUUUGAAGGUGCGUUAAAUAAUUUAUUUACCUAA